AUGGCUACUCCAACUUCGAUUGGACACGUUCGCAGCUUUCAUGGUCUCGCAAGCUUCUACAGGAUGUUUGUCAGGGAUUUUAGUACAGUGGCUGCACCAAUGACUGUCGUGAUCAAGAAAAACGUGCCUUUCUCAUGGGGAGAAGUUCAAGAAAAGUCCUUCAACACAUUAAAAGAGAGGCUCACACAAGCACCAGUCUUAGCCCUCCCAGGUUUUGAAGUUAUGUCUGAAGUAGAGUGUGAUGCAUCAGGCUUGGGAAUUGGAGCUGUACUACAUCAGAGAAAAAGACCCAUGGCUUUCUUCAGUGAGAAGUUGAGUGGAGGUUCCAUGCGAGACUUGAUACUCACUGAAGCACAUGGUGGAGGUUUGAUGGGUCACUUUGGUGUCGACAAAACCUUGGCCGUGGUAAUGGAACACUUCUUUUGGCCCCAUCUCAAGAAAGACGUUGAGAGAUUUUGUGCUCGAUGCAUUGUUUGUCACAAAGCAAAAUCCAGGUUACAUCCUCAUGGUCUUUACUUACCAUUACCUAUUUCUAACGCCCCUUGGGUAGAUAUUUCUAUGGACUUUGUCUUAGGAUUGCCAAAGAUUAAACACAAGGAUUCAAUCUUUGUUGUUGUGGACCGGUUCUCCGGCACACUUCAUCCCGUGUGA